CAGUCUGUAGCGUCUGUAGUGUAGUAGGUCGCAGCGGCCAGCGUUUAGCAGGCUUGCAAAGUUGCAGAGUAAUGUUGGUGAGGAGGUUGCGAAUUGCGUUUGUUCUGUGAGCUGUAUAUCUGCCGGCCAGACUUUGGAAACCGGGUCCUGGAUAUUGCGGAAUUUCUGUAAAAAUUGUUAACGGCAGUAAAAUGUGGCCAGUUUCGUUGUGUUAUAUAAGCUAUGCUGUUCUUAGUGUAGCACGUGUUAGUGGCACCCAUACAGUUCAGUAUACAAGUGAAACAUUUUCUACUGAAGUGCCUAAGAAAAAUCAUUUUGUUAUGUUUUUUGCGCCUUGGUGUGGGCAUUGCAAUCGCUUAGCGCCUACAUGGGAACAGCUAGCUGAAGAAUUUAACAAAGAUGAAAGUAAGCAAGUAAAGAUAGCUAAAGUGGACUGCACUGUAGACACAUCACUCUGUUCAGAGCAUGAUGUGACAGGAUACCCUACACUGAAGUUCUUUAAAACUGGUGAGGCAGAAGCAGUCAAGUUUCGUGGGACACGUGAUUUGGCUUCGCUGACUGCAUUUAUUAAUGAACAUAUUGGAAAUAUUCACCAGGAAACAGAAAGUGAAUUUAAUGUUCCUGAACCAGUAAAUGGUUUGGUGGAACUGACUGAGGAAACAUUUACCAAGCAUGUUGAAAGUGGAAAACAUUUUGUGAAGUUUUAUGCUCCUUGGUGUGGUCAUUGUCAGAAACUUGCUCCUACCUGGGAUGCUCUUGCCAAAGCUCUGGAACAUGAUACUACAGUUACAAUUGCCAAGGUGGAUUGUACAGUGCAUAGAUCAAUUUGUAAUAGCUUUGACAUAAAAGGUUACCCUACUUUGCUGUGGAUUGAAGAUGGAAAGAAAGUGGAGAAGUAUCAAGGUCAGAGGACAGAUGAAGAUCUGAAGGCUUUUGUGAUACAAAAACUGGGCUCAAGUGAUUCUGUGUCUGCAGAAGGGACAACAGAGCCAGAACCUAUAAGCCCAGUUGUUUCUUACACGGGUGACAACUUUGAACAUGGUAUUUCUGUGGGAAUUUCUUUUACAAAAUUCUUUGCUCCAUGGUGUGGCCACUGUAAGAGAUUAGCGCCCACCUGGGAAGAACUGGCCAUUAAGUUUGUUGGUAAUCCAUAUGUAAAAAUUGCAAAAGUGGAUUGCACCCUGGAUUCUAGCAAAGACCUCUGCAAUCAGCAAGAGGUGGAUGGUUUUCCUACACUGUUCCUGUACAGAGAUGGAGAGAAAGUCUCUGAAUACAACGGAUCUCGUAGCCUGGAGGAUCUGUAUGAAUUUGUUAUAAAACAUAUCCCACACGAUGAGCUAUGAAGCUGCAUUAUGUGUUUCUCAUAAUCAAAUUCAUGUUUCAUGUUAUCAGUCAUGUACAUGUCUUUUCCACAUUUGGACAAGCAGUAACCAGAAUUAUUGGUAUCCAGCCUUGUGUUGACUGUGGAUGGUGUGUUUAUUCAGUCUGAUAUAACUCUGGGACAGGAAACAUACAGGACAUGCAUCAAAAUUACUGUUUCGCUUCAUCAUACUAGCAGAUUCCUAAGUAUGUGCUAUAUUAGUGAAUAAUAUAGUUUUACAGAAUAUUUAUGAUGUUAAUAUUGUGAUCUGAUUACAUACAUGUGGUGCUUCUGGAGAAAUGUAGGCAGGAUCCACAAGCAAAAAUUUUCACUGGCUUCAUUCAUGAACAAAAGAAUUACUGUGGUUCUGUAUAUAUAUAUAUGUGUGUGUGUGUGUGAGAGAGAGAGAGAGAGAUUGUACUCAUUGUAUUCAGUUGUAGGAGAAGUUCUGAUAUGGCUAGGAUGCAUAGUAACAUUUAGAAGCUGAGUUUAUUUGGGAUACACAAAAUAGGAUACUGAUAUAUCCUAAGAUUGAAACGAAAUUUGAUAGGACCUUAAAUGUCGUUUAAUCUUAGUUUUAUUUUUGUUAUGUGUGAAAAUAACUGAUGGGCAAAUUUGAGAAUUACAAGGUAUGGGGAUUGCAACUUAUGUCAGGUGUAGCAGUUUAUAAAAAAAAAAAAUAUUAAUUUGUAGCAAGUGUAACUUCAGUUAUUGAAUUCAUAGAGAUGUUUAGGUGCUGAGUUUAUUUGGGGUGAAGAAAAAGCAGUUUACAGUGUAUAAGAUGUGUAAUGGUUUAGGAAGGAAAUUUGUAAAAUUUCUUCUACUGAAUAAUUAACAUUAAAGAUACCUCAGACAUAAAAAAUGAGUUUCCAGCCAGAACAGCAGAGGUGCAUGUCAAAGAUUCUGGUAGGUUUAGACAAUGAACCAAUUAAAAAAAGUGUGGAAGAGCAAUGCAAUUUUAAGGCCAACAUGAAGUGGAAAGAACAUAAAUUGUAAUACAGGAGUCACUCCCAAAAAAGUGCCCCUUGUUAAGUCUGUGAUUCUAAUAUUAACAUCAUUUUCAUCACUUUUUCAUGGUGUAUGAGGCACAUUGCAAUGUUUACAAUUGUUUUAAAGAGGAAAAUCAUGUCCUGUACGCAGUAAUUUCCAAGAUUGGAAGACGACUUGAAAACAUCUAAAAUCUAAUUUUUUUCCAUACUUCAUUGUGUUAUUCAUGAGAGUACAGGAUGAUUCACUCAGAGGAUGUCUCAAAGUUAGUAAUUAUAAAUAAUGCAGUAAUUUAUGGAUGAUAAAGUAACUUGUAAAUUACCUAACUUUUUAAAUGUGAGAUAAUUGGGUUGCAGAAGAUACUGAAAUUGGUUUCCCUCCUUUUGGAAAGACAUGUUAGCACAACACUCCAUGUCUGAAUAUGUUGCAGGAAGAAUUGCAUCACUUUUUGUUAGUAAUAUUUCAUUAAUAAUGGUGUGUUUGUUUUUGAGAGAACCUCAUUCCCUUCAGCAGACACCAUGGAAUGAAUCCAGCACAAUCAUGCCUGGAGAUUUGUGCAGCCAGAGUUGUUUCAAUAUAAUCCUAUUCCCAAAGAAACCCUCAAUUUCUUUUAACGGCCGCUCAGGUGUGUGCUAUGUUGCCCCAUCUUGUUGAAAAUAACCAAAUGGCAGUUCCUGGUCAUCCACAUGACUUACGGAUUCUUGAAAACUGUUGAAGUAGAUAUCAGCUUUGACUGUUGUGUGGAAGAAAAUGAGCCACUUGUAUGGGUGGGUAUGCGACAGAGCAUACCACGCUUUCUUUUUCCAUGGAUGGAAGGACUGACUCCCCAUGAAUGGCAGGAUGUGCAGCAGCCCACACACAUAUUCUCUAAGUUGAUCUAACAGGAGAAGUUCAGCUUCAUCAGAAAAUGGCAUCAUAUCCAAGGAUUUGGGGUUUUGAAAAACAUGUUUGAAACUAUUGGCAGUAGGCCACGCUUUUCUUUGUGCCAGGAGGUAUGAGUUCUGGGUCAACAGUAACAUGAUAUAGGUUAACCUUUCCUUUCUUUGUCACUUUUACAUAGUGAAUAGGACAUGUCAGUCUGUUGUGACAGCUGACAUAGUGAUUUUGCUGGAGCUGCUGCUGUUGAUGACCUCAAUUAAGAAUUGCUGGAUUAGAGGAUUAUAAAUUAUGGCCAUUUACUUGUGUAAGUACUUGCAGAAGAUUGGAAGACUUCACAUCUCUUGAUAUUUGAAUCUUAUUCACAAAAAUGGAUGAAAUAUCAUUGUUAGAACAAGACUGGUCUCAAAGAAAGUUACGAGGAUUAUGUGAAUAAAUAAUGUUAUUGUUGACGUGUAAUUUGUUGAACUGUUUUACACACCUGGAUUAUGGUUGCUUCAAAGUGUAUUGUGUUUAUUGGUGUUUAUAAAGACAGAUUCAUGUUUCUUAUUUACAGAAUGAUCAUCAUAAACACUAGCUUUGUUGGUUGGAAUCAGCUAAUAAGUUUAAAUUCUCAUAGAAAGACACACAUGCAUGAAGAUGCAUAUUGAUGCUAAACGUUUUGUUUACUUAACCCAUAUAGAGGUAGUAAAUUUCUUUGUCUAGUUCAUCUGGAUGUCAGAAACAAAACAGUAUUCAUUGUAUAGACAUGAAAUAGACAUUUUGUGACUGUCUUAUAUCAGGUAAUGGUGUUCAGUUUUUUUAAUAUUUGAAAGUAAUAAAUAAUGUGAAAUAAUAUUACUAGAAAGAAUGAAUGAAUGUAUGUAUAAAGGGUGGGCCUUCUUGGCCCUUGCACAGCGACCUACAGUGAUCUGUUGUGCUUUUACUAGAAAGAAAUAGCAAUACAUAAGGACCAGAAGUCUAUAAAUGAUCAAGUCAGUUAUGUGGAUACCAACUGGAAAACAUGUGACAUGGGAAGACAAGAAAAUAAUUAUGGAAAGAUGAAGGGUAGGGACUUGAAAGAUAGGCAGUGAGAAUGAAAAACAAAACAUGGAAAAAAGCCUCAUGAUGGAGAAAAAUGGUUUGCAGAGAAAAGGUGAUAAAAUUGUGUUUGUGUUAAUUUGAAGAACUAAAAUAAAUUUUGAUUGUUAUGAACGUGAAGUACACUAGUAAGAAACACAGGUCUAUUAUAAAUUAUUUGGAUGAUAAGAAAUCAUAAUGUGUUUUUGAAAUGGUUACAGGUGCAAUCGUAAAGAACUUGAAAACAACAAGGAAACUCAUUACAUUGUUGUUAAUAUUGCUUAUAACAUAUGAGCCACAAAUGAUGCUGUGAUCACUACCUAAAGAAAACGAAAUCUCAAGUGCAAAAGGCACAUUGCUGCUUAUGACAGGACUAGCAGGACACAUUCCUUGGAUCCCCAGACCUUAUACUUCAUGCUACUUCUACCUAUGGGUGUAUGUGGAAGACCAGGUGUACCAACGUCUGAUGCCAUGGUCCUUUCAGGAGCUUUGAGAGGAAAUUUUGUAGGCCAGUGUCAUUGGGUUACAGUUAUGCUGUACAUGGGAAGAAUUUGAAUAUUGUGUUGUCGUGAUAUUGAAUAUCUCUAGAUAAACUCUACAGGUUUCCAUGAUGCUUUCAACUUGUUUCAUGUUUGUGUCUGUAACCAAUCUGAAAAUACAGUAAUUCCUAAUCAGAUGUGUCGUUUAUAACAGCCAUGUAUUGUAAUGAGUGAAGUUUCUGAACAAAAUGUAUUUUACUUUUAUUAGUGAUUGGAUUUAACAUUACCAUGAUAAUUUGUCUUGUGUUAUAGCCCUCGAAGCACUCAAAACAGGAGGCUGUUUCCAUUUAUCAUACACUCCAAUCAUAAUAUAAAUUUCAUCCACUGUCACUGGUUUCCAAUUGUGCAGUUUUCCUUCUGCAUAAUUGUUGAUCUCAGUUAUUGUAUCUCCCAAAAUUAAUUAUUAAAAAUAGUUAUGUGAAUUUCUUA